AAACGUCAUCACGCUUGCACUAGGAAUUGCAAGAUGGCGGAGAGUGCGGAAUUGAAGCAAAUGGUGAUGAGCCUGCGCGUUUCAGAGCUGCAGGUUCUGCUAGGUUACGCGGGCCGCAACAAACACGGUCGAAAACAUGAGCUGUUAACCAUGGCCUUGCAUCUCCUGAAAGCCGGCUGCAGCCCCGCCGUGCAGAUGAAAAUCAAGGAGCUGUACUGCAGACGCUUCCCCACCAAGAUGGGCUCUCCCUCAGAGCUGGUCCUGCCCGGACCACACUACCCUGCCUCGGGAGGAGGGGCACCGCCGCCCUACCUGCCGGCCUCAGCCAGCUGGCGAUGA